CAUACAAUACAAUGCAAUCAUAGCUGACAUCUAUGUAAGUGUUAGUCAAUCGAUGGGAUAAACAUUUGAUGCAAACAUUGAAUUCAAUCAAUUGAUUGAAUGACUGUUUGAAUGACAAACCAAUGGCUCAACAAUUGGCACACAAUUUGAAUGACAAGAAGUGGAGGUCAGAGGAUAUCAAUGUCUGCGAUGAAGAAAGUGAUAUAACAUUCAAGUCAUUGAAUUUAAAGGAAAGUGUUUUGUCUGGACUGACAGCCAAUGGUUUUUUGCGACUUUCGGCCAUUCAAUUACACGCCAUUCCUCUGAGUCGUUGUGGUCUCGAUCUUAUCGUUCAGUCCAAGUCAGGCACCGGUAAGACAGUGGUCUUUGUGGUGACAGCUCUUGAGAUGAUUGAGUCGUUUGAAUCAAAUGUCACUCAAGUGCUUAUCAUAUGUCCCACGCGUGAGAUUGCCGUUCAAACCAAUCACGUGAUGAAUCAAUUGGCCAAACAUACAGACAUCCGAUGUUGUCCUGUGAUCGGCGGAACCAAACUUAAAGAAGAUGUCAAUAUGUUAGGCAAAUGUCAGGCAGUAGUCGGAACUCCCGGAAGAAUAAAACAAUUGAUUUCUUUGAAUGUUUUGAAAACAAACUCUAUUCGGCUCUUAGUUUUGGAUGAAUGCGAUAAACUUAUGGACAAUAAUUUUAAGCAACAAAUUGAUGACAUAUUUGAGUGUUUGCCACAAAACAAACAGAUGAUAGCCGUGAGCGCCACAAUGGGGUCAGAGUUGGCUAACUUUCUGACUAAAUAUAUGCGGACACCGGUCUUCGUUAGACUCAAUGCCGACAAUCCGGCACUGAUUGGUCUUAAACAGUACUAUUGGAUGACAGAGUAUCACCACUUGAAUCACAUUAACUUUGACAAUAAGAUUCAACCAUUGAUUGAAAUUCUGUCAAAUGUUUCAUUUUCUCAGUGCUUAGUCUUUUCCAACUAUCAGACGAGGGCUCGUAUGCUUUGCGACAAAUUGAAUGCAUUAAACUGGAAGACAGAGUAUAUCAGUGCAGACAAGUGUCAAACAGAAAGAUUGAAAGCAAUUUCCAAACUAAGAAAAUUCAAGUGUCGAGUACUCGUAUCCACUGAUCUAACCGCUCGUGGGAUUGAUGUUUACAAUAUAAAUCUUGUCAUAAAUAUGGACACUCCGUUUGAUUCUCAAACCUAUUUGCACCGAAUAGGUCGCGCCGGGAGAUUCGGCACGUCUGGUAUUGCCAUCACUAUUGCCAGCAAAGGUCGCGAAGUAGAGCUUUUGCAAAAUAUUAUUAAAGAUUCGAAACUCAAAGUCGAAGAAUUGAAACAUCCGAUUCCUGAAGAUAUUUGGAAAAUGGAUGACAACUUAAACAAUGAUUUUAUGCUGAAUGACAAUAAAAAAUAUUCAGAAAAAUCAGUACAAGAAUUAAAUAGUAAUACAAACAAUAAUUUUGAUGAUAUAGACGAAACAAAGAGUGAUUCAAAUGACAUAUCAAAUCAAUUCAUGUCAUUUAAUGAUAUUAUCAGUGAAUAUAAUUUAAUUAAGAGUUCUUCUAACUCUGAAAAUAAUUUAAAAAGUCAACAACAAAACAGUAAUGACAAUCCUAUUCAAACAAAUUAUGAAAGUAAUAGUUAUUAUGACGAUAUAGAUGAAGAUAAUGUUGAAGAUAUAUCAUUUGAACGAAAAGAUCCAUCGGUUAAUUUAAUCCAAAACGGUCUCAACCAAUGGGCAAACGCUUUGUUUCCUCCAAUACAUAGUGUGUCAACUCCUUCAUCAUAUAAUCAAUGGAUUGAUAAUAAUAAGCAUUUAUGGACUUAUAUGUUGGAUCCGUUUCAAGCUUUACAGUUGACUUAA